AUGGAUCCCAGAGAAGACAAGUUAUAUGAGUACUCGGAGUGUGAGAGAAGCUUCAUUUCAAAGUCAUUUCUUACAGUUCACCAGAAGAUUCAUAAUGAAGAGAAACCAUUUGAUAAGACACAUCUUCCUCAGCACCAGAGGAGUCACACAGGAUGGAAGCCAUUUAAAUGUUCAGAAUGUGACAAGUGCUUUGCUACUAAGGGAAAUCUUACUCAACACAAGAGGACUCAUACUGGAGAGAAGAAAUUUAGAUGUUCAGAAUGUGACAAGUGCUUCGCUGCUAAGGCAACUCUUACUUUACACCAGAGGAUUCACACUGGAGAGAUGCUAUUUCGAUGUUCAGAAUGUGAAACGUGCUUCACACGAAAGGAUAAACUUGCUAUUCACCAGAGGAUUCACACAGGAGAGAAGCCAUUUCAAUGUUCAGAAUGUGACAAGUGCUUCGCACGAAAGGAAAAACUUAUUAUUCACCAGAGGACUCAUACGGGAGAGAAACCAUUUAAAUGCUCAGAAUGUGAAAAGUGCUUCACAAAUAAGGAAGGUCUUACUAGACACCAGAUGAUACACACUGGAGAGAGGCCAUUUCAAUGUUCAGAAUGUGACAAGUGCUUCACACACAAGUUACAUCUUACUCUGCACCAGCAGACUCAUACUGGAGAGAAACAAUUUAAAUGCUCAGAAUGUGACAAGAGCUUCACAAAAAAGCUAAAACUUACUGUACACCAGAGGAGUCACACUGGAGAGAAACCAUUUCUAUGUUCAGAAUGUUACAAGUGCUUCACUACUAAGGGAAAUCUUACUCAACACCAGAGGAUUCACACUGGAGAGAAUCUAUUUCUAUGUUCAGAAUGUGACAAGUGCUUCACAGCUAAGGGAAAUCUUACUGAACACCAGAGGAUUCACACAGGAGGGAAGCCAUUUCGAUGUUCAGAAUGUGACAAGUGCUUCAGAAAUAAGGCACAUCUUAUUUUACACCAGAGGAUUCACAUAGGAGGGAAGCCAUUUCGAUGUUCAGAAUGUGACAAGUGCUUCACAACUAAGGGAAGUCUUACUAUACACCAGAGCAUUCACACUGGAGAGAAGCCAUUUCAAUGUUCAGAAUGUGACAAGUGCUUCAGACAAAAGGAAAAACUUACUCGCCACCACAGGAUUCACACUGGAGAGAAGCCAUUUCGAUGUUCAGAAUGUGACAAAUGCUUCUCACAAAAGGAGUAUCUUACUCGGCACCAGAGGAUCCACACAGGAGAGAAGCCAUUUAGAUGUUCAGAAUGUGACAAGUGCUUCACUACUAAGGGAAAUCUUUCUACACACCAGAGGACUCAUACUGGAGAGAAACCAUUUAAAUGUUCAGAAUGUGACAAGUGCUUCAGACAAAAGGAAAAACUUACUAUUCACCAGAGGACUCACACUGGAGAGAAACCAUUUAAAUGUUCAGAAUGUGACAAGUGCUUCUCAACUAAGGGAAGUCUUACUAAACACCAGAGCAUUCACACUGAAGAGAAGCCAUUUCAAUGUUCAAUAUGUCACAACUGCUUCACUCAAAAGCAUAACCUUACUUUACACCAGAGGACUCAUACUGGAGAGAAACCAUUUCAAUGUUCAGAAUGUGACAAGUGCUUCAGAAAAAAGGAAAAACGUACUAUUCACCAGAGGACUCAUACUGGAGAGAAACCAUUUAAAUGCUCAGAAUGUGACAAGUGCUUCACAAAUAAGGAAAGUCUUACUAGACACCAGAUGAUACACACUGGAGAGAGGCCAUUUCAAUGUUCAGAAUGUGACAAGUGCUUCACACACAAGUUACAUCUUACUCUGCACCAGCAGACUCAUACUGGAGAGAAACAAUUUAAAUGCUCAGAAUGUGACAAGAGCUUCACACAUAAGCUAAAACUUACUGUACACCAGAGGAGUCACACUGGAGAGAAACCAUUUCUAUGUUCAGAAUGUUACAAGUGCUUCACUACUAAGGGAAAUCUUACUCAACACCAGAGGAUUCACACUGGAGAGAAUCUAUUUCUAUGUUCAGAAUGUGACAAGUGCUUCACAGCUAAGGGAAAUCUUACUGAACACCAGAGGAUUCACACUGGAGGGAAGCCAUUUCGAUGUUCAGAAUGUGACAAAAUGUGA